AAUUUACAGUUGUAAACAAAGAAGCUGCGUAUCCAGAGGUUUUAAUCCUUCAAAAUGUGGCUUUCCCCCAAAAAAGGCACUUAAAAGGGGCCAGUGAUUCACCAAUAUUUUAAAACUGCUGCCAGUUUUCCGAUAAUUUCAGGAGAUUCUCCAAAGCUGUCUCACUUGUUGCCCAACAAUUCCAAUGCCUACUGUUUCACCAUGGCAACCACCAACGCCACUUCAUUGAAAAUGGGAGGGCCUAACAAUCAUAUGCGAAAAUAAUUUACUGCGUUGUUUAAAUAAAUUGUCUGGCUUUGGUAAACAACUUACAGUUUGUAUGAGACGUGGUAUUAUAUGUAGCUAACUUUACUGUUAGCAACAUUGGUAGCUGCAAGAGGGAAUGUGCCUUAUUUUACAUCUUCACCAACCAGAUGGCUUUGAAGUGGCUGGCUAACAAGGAAACCAACGUUAGCUAAACUAAACUGGCUUACAAACGGGCAACCACCUAAUCCCGAUGUUAAUCCACUGUUCAGAAGAUGUGCCUCUCGAUUCAAGCGAGAUAUUGUGAAUGGCUGGUUAGAUAACCUUGCUGCUUAUGUCUACAUUAACACUGUGAACGUUAAUGUUUAGACGUGACAUUUCCUAGGCAACCAGUCACCGAUUUAACGUUAGCUAGCAGGAGGACCCAUCGUUCUGUAAAAAUGGAAAUAAACUUGAAUCAUGUUGAUUAUAUACAGGUAGGGGUAACUUCUCAAAAAACGAUGAAGUUGCUUCCUGCGAUAGGGCGCAAAGCUACUCAAAAGGUGGCAGUGGCAGAUCAUGAUGGUGUACUAACAUGUUUUGGGAUGAAAAAGGGAGAGGCUGUGCCUGUGUUUAAGACACUACCAGGACAGAAGAUAUCCAGGCUGGAGCUCGGAGGAGCACAGGGAACUCCUCAAGAGAAGAUAUUUGUGUCAUGUGGCUCUGAAGUCAGGGGCUUCACCAAGAAGGGAAAACAGUUCCUGUGUUUUGAAGCCAAUCUGACUGAGUCCAUUAAUGCCAUGCAUGUUUCCGGAGCUGACCUAUUUGUAUGUGCCAGCUACAUCUACAACCACUACUGUGACUGUAAGGAUCAGGACUACUACCUGUCUGGGGACAAAAUCAAUGACAUUGUGUGCCUGCCGGUGGAGACGGUGGGCCGCACUGUACCCAUCCUGGCCUGCCAAGACAGAGUGCUCAGAGUUCUGCAGGGAUCUGAGCUUCUGUAUGACGUGGAAGUCCCUGGACCUCCAUCAGUCUUGGAGCUCAACGACAAAGAUGGGGGUAAAGAGGGAGAGGAAGUUCUCUAUGGGACAGCAGACGGAAAACUUGGUCUGGUGAAGAUAACGGAAUCCUCCCAUGUUUCAAAAUGGGAAAUCAACAAUGACAAGAGGAGAGGAGGGAUACUGUGUAUCGACACUUUUGACCUUGUCGGUGACGGGGUGAGGGACAUCUUGGUAGGCAGGGAUGAUGGGACUGUGGAGGUCUAUGUGCUUGACAGCUCAAAUGAACCCAUACUGCGCUUCGAACAUGUUCUGUCAGAAAGUGUCACAUCAAUCCAGGGAGGCUGUGUUGGAAAAGAGAACUAUGACGAGGUGCUCACAACUUCCUACACAGGCUGGGUGACAGGACUGACCUCUGAGCCCCAGCAGAUGGAGGCUGGGCCCGGAGAGGAAGUGAAGAUGAGCAAAGAGACCCAGGCCAAAGUAGCGGCCCUCAGGUCUGAGUUGGAGCAGCUGCAGGUGAAGGUUCUGCAGGGCCGGGAGAAGUACCAGCAGAGCUCCCAGUCGAGCACUGCCGUCUCCACCGUCCCCGUCUUCAGCGUCAACGACAAGUUCACCCUGUGCCAGGAUGAUGCCAGCUACAGCCUCACGCUUGAGGUCCAGACCGCCAUCGACAACUUACUGCUGCAGAGUGAUGUUCCAAUCGACCUACUGGAUGUAGACAAGAACUCCGCUGUUGUGAGCUUCAGUGAGUGUGACUCAGAGCAACCAAACGGCAAUUUUCUUCUGGCUACAUACAGAUGCCAAGCCAAUACCACAAGGCUUGAGUUGAAGGUGAGGUCUAUUGAGGGCCAGUAUGGCACUCUCCAGGCAUACAUCACGCCUCGCCUACAGCCCAAGGCCUGCCAGGUGCGCCAGUACCAGAUCAAGCCUUUAUCCCUCCACCAGAGAACCCACUCCAUUGACCAGGACAGACCUGUGAACACGCUAAGCCUGGUUGGACAGUUCAGUUUCGCAGAGAUCCACUCGUGGGUGGUGUUCUGUCUGCCAGAGGUGCCGGAGAAGACCCCGGCAGGAGACAACAUCAGCUUCUACUUCCACAAUACCUUCCUGGGCACACAGCUGGAGGCCACUUACUGCAAAGGAGAGGCACACUUCAAAUCUGACAACAUCUCAACCAUAUCAAUACUAAAGGAUGUCCUAUCCAAAGAGGCCACAAAGCGUAAAAUUAACCUGAACAUAUCCUACGAUAUAAAUGAGGAUUCAGUGAGCCAUACUCUGACGAUGAUUCACCCAAAGCUGGAGUAUCAAUUGCUCCUGGCCAAAAAGGUGCAGCUUAUUGAUGCACUAAAGGAGCUGCAGGUCCAUGAAGGCAAUGCAGAUUUUCUGAUUCCUGAGUACCACAGUAUUCUUGAUGAGUCUGCCCACCUCUUGGAAGAGUACAAGAAGCAGCCUGCCCAUUUGGAAAGAUUAUAUGGUAUGAUAACUGAUCUCUUCAUCGACAAAUUCAAGUUUAAAGGACAAAAUGUGAAAACAAAGGUUUCGUUGUUACUAGAAAUUCUAGAUAACUAUGAUCUGAAUUCUUUGAUGGAUUUUUUCAACGAAGUAUAAUCCAUUACCCUAUAAAAUGGUUACCUUAUUUAUGUUGUAUGAUGUUUGACUGUAGUCAAUUUGUCUUUUAAACAUUUGCUUUUGUCUAUAGAGUUACCUACUAAUUAAACUCUCAAGAUAAUAGAUACUUGCCUUUGUGGGAAUAGCAAUACAUGAUACAUUUUAUAUACUUUGCAUAUAGCUGUUGUUGACAAUGUAAUAAAUUGACUUUAAUGUGC